CAAAGGCUGGUUUAUUGAAGCUCGUUGAUUGCUGUGAUUUUUGAGGGAGGACAGACGAGACUGUGGCUGUCUGGGCAGGAGGAGGGAGGCUUUAUUGCUAUUCCCCUCUCCUGACAACGGUCAACUCUAGUUCGGGGCUUGCUAGACUCCCUCGUGGCCUUGGGGAGGGUGGUCCCUCUUCAGCCGCUGCCUAUCCCGUUGUGGGAGAAGCGGGUGGACAUCCUCUUAAUCCUAUGCACGUCUGCUUGGAUUAGAAGUAAGACUCACUGAGUUCAGCGAGGCUUACUUCCAGAGUAAAUGGGUUUGCAUGACAUUUUCUAUGAACUAAGGCAGUUCCAUGUCUUGCUUGGACUGUUCCUGUAUUCUACGGACACAAGUUGAAUCCAUUGGAGCAGAAAAACAAUCUGAAGGCAGCAGCACUCAAGACUUGACAGAUGAACCUGCUUUGUGUUGGGGACAAUCAACUCAAAGACAAAAUGAAGAAAUAUCAUGGUCCUCUGAUGUAUCCCAUUAUGAUCUCCAGGUGGAAAUAGGAAGGGGAUGCAACAACUUUACUUCAAUCUACCUCGCACGCCAUAUCCCUACAGGAACACUGGUGGCUGUAAGGGUUACGGAUCUCGAAAGAUGUUCUGAAGAACGCUUGAAAGCUUUACAAAAUGAGGUGGUAUUAUCCCACUCCUUUCGUCAUCCCAAUAUCAUGACUCUUUGGGCAGUGUUUACAGCUGGAAGCUGGCUUUGGGUUAUUUCUCCUUUCAUGGCCUACAGUUCAGCCAGUCAUCUACUGAGGACUUACUUUCCUGAAGGCAUGAGUGAAAUGCUGAUAGGAAAUAUCCUGUUUGGAGCCAUCAGAGGGUUAAACUACAUGCACCAACAUGGCUACAUUCACAGAAGUAUUAAAGCUAGCCACAUACUGAUUUCUGGGGAUGGCCUAGUUUAUCUGUCUGGCUUAAAUCAUCUUUACAGUUUAGUCAGCAGUGGGCAACAGUUAAAAGCUGUGUAUGACUUCCCCCAGUUCAGUACAUCAGUGCUUCCUUGGCUCAGUCCUGAACUACUGAGGCAGGAUAUGUAUGGAUAUAAUGCGAAGUCUGACAUCUAUAGUGUGGGCAUUACAGCAUGUGAACUAGCCAAUGGGCACGUACCUUUUCAGGAUAUGCCUCGUACACAGAUGCUGCUGCAGAAGCUUAAAGGUCCAUCUUAUUGUCCCUGGGCUGUAAGUAAUUUUCCACGUGGUGAAUCCAGGAUAAAAAAUUCUCGGUCAGGGAUUGACUCUGGAAUUGGUGAAAGCAUGACACACACAAUGGCAAGUGAGAGACUGCAGACUCCACCAAAAACCUUCUCCCCUGCUUUCCAUAACUUGAUAGAACUCUGUUUGCAACAGGACCCAGAGAAAAGGCCAUCGGCAAGAGGUCUACUGUCGCAUGCUUUUUUCAAGCAGGUAAAAGAACAAACAAAGGGUUCUUUACUUUCACUGUUGCCUCCUGCCAUCCAACAUACCCAACCACAAGUGUCAUCAGCGUGUUCAGCAACCAUUUGGAGCAAGACAGGAUGCCUUUUGCCAAACGAGAGAGAGAUGUACUGGGAAUUCUAAAGAUAAUAAACCAUACUUCUGAUAUUGGUCUCUGGGGGAAAAUGUGAUUUUUUUGCUGCUUUUUCUUUUUAAUGUUUAAAAUACAAAUAUUAGUCAUAUACUUGAAAAAUGUUAAAUUUUUGUACAGAUGAUGCUAUAUGGUGAGGAAAAUUCUUCCAAGGUGGUACUAUGAAAAUGCAAUAACCCUCACUUCUUGAAUUGCCAAAAAUGUCCACAUACUUUCAAGCAUCUCCUUUCCAGUUUUAUAACUGAAUUUUUUAUGAUAAAACUAGCUUGGUAUGGCAUUUUUGGUAUGUCUGUGAUUACUGCCUCUGAAGUGUUAAGCUGAAGUAUUGUUUCCAUUCUCUCAGGCGUUAAUCACAUGUAUAAACUUUUUCUUUAAAGUACUGCCUAUUCUUACUCUAAAAAGUGGCAGUGUGCAAACCAUGGUGAACUUUGCAGGAUCAUCUGCCACCCCUCCUCAAACAGUUGUUGGAGCAGCCAUCACUGUAGCAUGGAAAUACUUUGCAUUAAUGACCACAGUUUUCCUAAUAGUGAUAAAACUGGAGUCUGAAACUCCUUGGAUUAUAUUAUUUAUAAAGAUGUUCCUUAUUAAUCCCAAAGCUUUAUUUUGAAAUACACUACCUAAGAGUUCUCACCUAGCUAAUCUUAAAACUAGCAACAUCUCAAGAUGAACUUCAUAGGAUUAAUGAGGUAAAAGGAAUCUUCAUAAUGAGGCAAAGAAUAUGGAAGAUCCACUGAGCCAUAUAGAAGCAUGAAUAUGACUUAAAUAAUACAUUUCUGUUAGAAGUACACUGCUGCAACCACUAUUCUACAAAGUAAUAGAUUCUUAAAUAAGAUAGCUUUAAGCCUUGCAUUUUGACCUCUUUGUUAUGCCUUUCAUAGAGAAAGGUAAGAAGCCCAAAUGACAAAAAAGAACAUUAAAAAGGCCAGACUGACACUACUUUCUGUUCAUGUUACUCUUAGUACUGUGAAUGCCUGAAUGAGCAUGACCUUAACCAAAAUUCUUGCUCUCUGUACAGCAUUUAAUUUUGGGGAGAGGGUUUUUAAUACUGAGAUUUACAAUUAUAUUUUAUUAAUGUACAUUUUGAUUAUGUAAAAUAGAUGUUAGUUUAUUUUUAAGUGUAACCUCACAGAGUUGUAUCAGAUGUGAUGUGAGUAGCAUCACAAGUGUUCUUUUGGCUAAGAAACUACUGAAGUAAACUUUAUGUAUUUUGAUCUCAACUCUGACAAAUGUAACUAGAAUAAAAUGUACUUUAAGAGA